AAUUCAGACGACCUGCUGGUGGCUUCGGCCGAGUGUCCCAGCGACGAUGAGGACCUGGAGGAGUGUGAGCCGAGUACCGACUACAGAGAUGGGUUUCUGCAGGAAGUUUGGGAACAAGCAUUUGAUUGUUCAUUUCCAAAAUCAGAGUUACAAGAAAUGGAGAGUAGAAAAUGCACUGGGGAGAUGAAGCUAAAGGAUCUUCCUGGACCUGCCUUUGAAAUGGAAAUGACUGGCCAGAGCUACAGUAUCUACAAUGCUGUUUAUUCUGUGGCUCAUGCUUUGCAGGAUCUAUACAUGUUGAGGUUCAAUAGGAAGACAACUACGAUUCGUAAAAAAACUGAUCUUCCAAAUCUGCAGGCUUGGCAGCUCCAUUCAUUUCUUCAAGGCAUUUCUUUUAACAAUUCAGCUGGGGAGAGAGUGUUCCUGAAUGAGAAAGGGGAAGCAACAGGUGGAUUUGACAUCACCAACUUGAUCACUUUUCCAAACAGAUCCUUUCAGAGAGUCAAAGUUGGAAAGAUGGAUCUCAAGGCACCAAAGGGGAAGGAAUUACUCAUUGAUGAAGAUGUGAUUGUCUGGCACCCAGCUUUUAACCAGGUUCUUCCACUUUCCAGAUGUAAUGACCCUUGUUUCCCUGGAUCCUGGAAGAAAAGGAUUGAGGGAAAUCAAUUCUGCUGCUUUGACUGUGUUCCAUGCCCAGAAGGGAAGAUUUCAAACCAAAAUGAUAUGGAUGACUGUUUUGAAUGUUCAGAAGAUCAUUAUCCAAAUGAAGAAAACAAUGGAUGUAUCCUGAAACCAGUGGUGUUCCUAACUUUUGAAGAAACCUUAGGAAUUGGUUUGGCCUCAGUUGCUCUUUGUUUCUUAUUCUUGACAGCUUGGGUACUUGGAACUUUUAUACAGCACAGGGAUACUCCCAUUGUCAAAGCCAACAACCGGUCCCUCACCUACACCCUGCUUGCCUCUCUUCUGCUCUGUUUUCUCUCUUCUUUGCUCUUCCUCAGCCAACCUGGCAAAGUGACCUGCCUUCUCAGACAAUCAAUGUUUGGUGUCACUUUCUCAGUGGCUAUUUCUAAUCUCUGUGCAUCUCCAAUGCGGGCCGUGAACUUUAAUGACGGCCAGCCUUUUCAAGGAAUAAGCUAG